AUGAAAGCCAGCCUGCCGCCUCCUCCGAUUCCCAGCCACCAGGCACCAACGUCUUCGCCAGGCCCCGGCUGGUUCUCGCCUCCACCAUCGUGCGCUUGUGACACUGAGAAACAGAAGCGCUACAUCGUCGACUUCAGUUGCCAUAGUGGACCACCGGACCCAAAGGAUCCCCUGGGGCGGGACCCACCCAACGGACCACAAUGGAUGACGGAAAGGCGGGACACGAUUCCGAAGAUGUUGCCCCCGCCUACAAUGAUGGUGGACAAUUGCUGCCUGGACCCCCUGGACCUCCCGGACCCGUCGGAGCCGGAGGCCACCCGCGGAAUGAAGGGCGAGGGAUGGGGCGUCCCGGACGUGCCGGUCGGACGGCACCGGACUUUCUGGCCAGAUGGUCCCAUGGGGCAACAGGGCUGCAUGGACCACGGGCUAACAGAGAAAAAGUCCACGACCAUCGCUAUAAUUUUGCACCUUUCCAACCACACCAUUUCCAAGGAGCCGACGGUCGCGCCCCCAGGCGGCCCGUACAAGGGCCUCGCGGCCCCUGGAGAAUCGACGGCCCACCUGGAGCUGAGGGACACGACGGUCGCGUUGGUCGGCGAUGCCGAGUACUGCCCUUGCCCGCAGCGUGUGGUCGCGGCUUUCGGCGAGGCAUAC